UAUAUAAAUAAAAUAAAAUAAAGUUGAGUUUUUAUAUAUUUCUGUGCCCAUUCUUGGUUGUCAGUCCUUGUUUGUGAAGCUAGCAAUAUUUGCAUUGAUCCAUUAAUCUCUCUUUCUCUCUCUCAUUCUCUCUUAAAACCCACGUCCGUGCCCUUGAAGCUAAGCAACAGUACAACCAAAGACUCCUCCAAGCUGUCUGUUUUCCUGUGUAGUUCUUUUGUCUGCUUUCCUUUGUCCUUGAGAGGGUUUCAUUUUUUUGCGUAUCACAAAAGGUAACAGAGUCAAAACCCUGCAAAAAGUACAAAAUGAUGCCAGGCAAUGGACAGUUAACUGUUCCUCCGGGCUUCAGGUUCCACCCUACUGAUGAGGAGCUUCUCUACUAUUAUCUGAGGAAGAAAGUUUCUUAUGAAGUCAUUGAUCUUGAUGUCAUAAGAGAAGUAGAUCUCAACAAACUUGAGCCUUGGGACCUCAAAGAUAAGUGUAGGAUUGGAUCAGGGCCUCAGAAUGAGUGGUAUUUCUUCAGCCAUAAGGACAAGAAAUACCCAACAGGAACCAGAACAAAUCGAGCAACUACAGCUGGUUUUUGGAAAGCAACUGGAAGAGACAAGUCCAUAUACCACACUAAUUCCAAGAGGAUUGGCAUGAGGAAAACCCUAGUUUUCUACACUGGUCGUGCUCCUCAUGGCCAGAAGACUGAUUGGAUCAUGCAUGAGUAUCGCCUUGAUGAAGAUGAUGCUGAUGUUCAAGAAGAUGGGUGGGUGGUAUGCAGGGUCUUCAAAAAGAAAAACCAAAGCCGAGGUUUCCAACAAGAACUUGAAGAAGAAGAGCACUUAACCACCCACAUGAGAGCAAGUGGUCCAUGCCAGGUUCUAGAGCAGAAGCAUCUUCACAUGCAAGGAGGACCAUAUGAUCAUUACAACUUUGAUGGGACAAUGCACCUCCCACAGUUGUUCAGUCCAGAAUCAGCUAUUGCACCACCUACAAAUUCUUCCUUGGCCUUAUCCAUGAAUGCCAUGGACAUCCUUGAGUGCUCUCAAAACCUGUUGAGGCUCACAACCACUGGCUGUGGACUUAAUCUUAUGCAGCAACAACAAGAAGAGAGGUUCAGUGGUGACUGGUCUUUCUUGGACAAGCUACUAGCAUCACACCAUGGCAUGGAUCAAAGCAAAUGUAACCCUCCUACUAAUCAUCAUGCUGCAACUGCUGUGGGCACUUCUGCUCAAAAAUUCCCAUUUCAUUACCUUGGCUGUGACACCACCCAUGAUAUCAUGAAAUUUUCCAAGUAGGAAGGGAUAUUGCAUUUUAAUGUGUUAUUAUACUUAAGGUGAUCAUGAGGUGAGAAAUAUUUGGUUUCUAAGUAUGUGUAAUAUGUAGCACCUUGUUAGAUACUCAUUGAGAUUCCACUCAUUAAUUUAGUUAUUUCUUGAGUGUCAAUUGUA